AUGGCGGGCAAGAAGGGCCAAGACAACACCAAAAAGGCCGCGGGUAACGCGCGCAAGGCGGACAGCGCCGCGAAGAAGAGUGCGGCUGCAGAGGUCGAGCGUGAGGCGGCCGAGGGCGAGAAGUGGCAACAAGGAGCCAAGAAUAACUCGAAAAAGGAAGCAGAAGCCGCCAAGAAGGCCGAGGCCGCGCAGAAGAAAGCUGAAAAGGACGCAUUGGUGAAGGAGGAGGAGGCUAGCCUGAAUGCCCGUUCGGAGCCAAAGAAAUCCAAGACCGCAGUCAAGAAAUCCCGGGGUCUGGACCUGUCGCAGCUGGAUGACGACAAACUCGGCGCUCUCAGUGCCUCGGGUAUCGACAACGCUCUCGAUGCUCUGUCCCUUACGACCGGUGGGGAUGAUUCCAAGAUUGACCAACACCCCGAGAGGCGAUUCGCCGCCGCCUAUCACCGAUACGAGGAGCGAAGGCUCGCUGAGAUGAAGGCGGAUGGCAGCGGUACUGGGCUUCGACUGGAGCAACGCAAGCAGAGGAUCAGAAAGGAAUUCGACAAGAGCCCCGAAAAUCCCUUCAACCAGGUUACUGCUUCGUACAACGCUUCUCGGGACGACAUCAAGGAUAUCAGAGCCCAAGAAGUUGGCAAGAUCGAGAAGAGGCUGGGGCACUAG